UUCCGGGAGACAAAAAAAAAAAAUCACACAAUUCAAUUGAAAGAAGACAAGAGAGAAAAAAGAUGGCGUUGCAGAGAUCAUCAACGGUGUCGUUCAGGGGACAUGGAUCGUCGGGACUCGUCUGGAAUGACAGGUUCGUGAGUGGAGAGAUUCGUCCCGACGUGGAAAGACAAGAAGAAUUGAGCAAAGAUCAUCGUGACGGAUCAAUGGCGGCUAGUACGCCUCCAACGGUGCAACGUAGCGCAUCCGACGGAGGACGUGGCCAUGGUGGCGCAAGAGUACUUGGGGAGAUAUCUCCAGCUUUGGAUCCACCUUCUCCUAAGAUAUCUUCCGUUGGUUGUGGCUUUUGUUCUUUGUUUUCGUCUAACGGCCGGAGAGGAAGAAGCAAAUCGAGGUAGGACAAGAUCAAGCGCUGGAAGUUCCCCAUUGAAGAAAGAAAGAAAGAAAGAUUUGGUCUCUAAACUUUUAGUUCAUACUAGCUAGGAUAGGAAUUUACUAAGUUAGGAACAUCGAUGGCUCAUAUUCCUGA